GCGACAGCGUUAAGUUUUCAUAUUUCAUUAACUCGUUUGGCUUGGGAACAUCUUCUCUUUUUCAGCUUGCUUAUAUUGAUCUGGGCUUGGGAAAGUACUUCUGUGUGUGAGUGAGUUUUUCCGUUUUUUUUUUAAUUGUCAAAGUGACAUUCGAGUCGGCGGCUGAAUUAUUUUAGAAAUUUUUAUUAGAUCGAGUUGAUCUAGUUAUAAGUAAGUAUCAUUAAGCCACCAUGUCUUAUAGAGAUAGCGCUGGAUCAAGCAAAUACCAUGAAUUUGAUCCGGAAUCAGGUGGAGAUUUAUCAAGAAAGAAAUCUUUGGUUAGACCAGAAAGAUCAAGAAUAGAUAAAGAUCAUCCAAGAUAUCAUUAUACCCAGGUUGCUAACCAGGAAUCGAAUCAUUUAAAGAUUCAACCAUCCACCACUGGUCUUGAUCCUCAUAGUCAUGAAGGAAUUGAAGAAGAAGAUGCUGUUCAUUUGGAUCCUCAAAAUCAUCAUUAUCACCACGCCAAUCGUGGUUCGGAUGAUGAUAUCGAUGAUGGCGGUCCGGAAGAAGGUAUUCCUUUGAUGGAUAUGAAUGACGACCCAAACUUGAAAGGGGGUAGAGAAGUGUAUGGUUUAAAUGAUGAAGUUGAUUAUAAUCCUCAGAAGAAGAACGUCAUUUCCAAACCAACCAAAACGGAAGAUCCAAAACCAAAACAUGAUUUAUAUUUUUGGAAAGUUUAUUGUUAUAUCAUUACUUUUUGGGCUCCUGCUCCUUUAUUGAAAUUAUUUGGUUUACCAACUAAGUCUCGUCAAUUUGCUUGGAGAGAAAAAAUUGGUUUAAUUUCUUGUAUUUUUUACAUUGGGGCUUUUGUUGCUUAUUUAACUUUUGGUUUUACUAAAACCGUUUGUUCAAACACUCAAAUUAAAACUAGAAUCAAUGAAGUUUCUGAUGGUUAUCUUAUUAUCAAUGGUAGAUCUUUCGAUUUGACCUCUUCAAAACAUCCAAAAGCUGCUGGUAUUGGUUCAGGUGCUAAUAUUUUAUAUCCUCCAAUUGCUGCCGGUGGUAAAGAUGCUUCAUUUUUAUUUCAAAAUGUUAAUGGUAAUUGUAAAAAUUUAAUUAAACCAAGAGACAAUUGUAGUAUUCCAACUUCAAAUGAUAAUGAAUUGGCUUGGUACAUGCCUUGUCGUAUGUUUGCUCAAGAUGGUUCUACUUCCCCUAAUUUUACUGAUGCUUAUUAUGAUGGUUGGGCUUGUCAUACUUCUUCGACCGCUAGAGAGGCUUAUUAUAAAUUAGAUGCUACUGGUGAUGUUUACUUUACUUGGGAUGAUUUGAGAAAUUCUUCAAGAAAUUUGGUUGUUUAUUCUGGUAUUGUUUUGGAUCUUGAUUUAAUUGAUUGGAUUUCAAAAGAUGAUGUUACUUAUCCUCCUUUAUUUGAUAAAUUGAGAGAUGAUCCAACUUAUCAUGGUCAUGAUAUUUCUUUAGUUUUAACUAAUUCUCAUGAACGUAAAGCUGCUAGAUGUUUAACUGAAAUUAUUAAAGUUGGUACUAUUGAUUCAGAAACUAUUGGUUGUAUUUCUUCGAAAAUUGUUUUAUACGUUUCUUUAGUUUUUAUUUUAUCAGUCGUUUUAACUAAAUUCUUGAUGGCUUGUUAUUUCAAAUGGUAUGUUAGUUUAAGACAAGGUGCUACUCAAGUCGAUAGUAAAUCAAUGUUUGAAAGACAAAAAGAAAUUGAAAAUUGGGUUGAUAAUCCUUCUGCUGUUGGUGGUAUUAAAACUGUUCCUGAAAGAGCAAGAGCUAAUUAUAAAGCAAACAAAACUAAUAGACAAAGUGUUUUCCAUAAAUUAAAUCGUUUAUCUUUAGCUCCAAAUACUGAAUUAUCUCAAUAUUAUGAUAACGCUGAUCAAUUAUCAAAAAGUUUUAAAUAUACCACAAUGUCAACUCAAGCUGCUUUACUUUCUCGUAAUCAAAAUAAUCCAAAAAAGAUAAGACAAUCAAAUACAACUAGAUCAAUGUUAUAUUUACAAGAUCAAAAUUCUUCAAUGGAUUUAUUAAAUAGACCCCAAAGUCAAUUUAAUCCUUUUGAUCAAUAUGAUGAUAUGCCAACUAAUGGGUUAAGUCCAGAUAUUAUUCAUCCUGAUGUUGUUCCUCAACCUCCAGUUGAAUAUCAACCUUUUGGUUAUCCUUUGGCUCAUACUUUAGCUUUGGUUACUUGUUAUUCAGAAGAUGAAGAAGGUUUACGUCUUACUAUGGAUUCUUUAGCAACUACUGAUUAUCCAAAUUCUCAUAAAUUAAUUUUUGUUGUUUGUGAUGGUAUUAUUAAAGGUUCUGGUAAUGAUUUAACUACUCCAGAAGUUGCUUUAAGUAUGAUGACUGAUUUUACUAUCCCCCCUGAUGAAGUUAAGCCUUAUUCUUAUGUUGCAGUUGCUUCUGGUAGUAAACGUCAUAAUAUGGCUAAAGUUUAUGCUGGUUUUUAUAAAUAUAAUGAUGAAACUGUUCCUCCUGAAAAACAACAAAGAGUUCCAGUUUUAACUGUUGUUAAAAGUGGUACUCCUGCUGAAGCUACCGCUGCUAAACCUGGUAAUAGAGGUAAGCGUGAUUCUCAAAUUAUUUUAAUGUCAUUUUUACAAAAAGUUAUGUUUGAUGAAAGAAUGACUGAUUUAGAUUUUGAAAUUUUAAGUAAUAUUUGGAGAAUUACUGGUUUAAUGGCAGAAUUUUACGAACUUAUUCUAAUGGUUGAUGCUGAUACUAAAGUCUAUCCUGAUUGUUUAACUCACAUGUGUGCUGAAAUGGUUAAAGAUCCAAUGAUUAUGGGUUUAUGUGGUGAAACUAAGAUUUCAAAUAAAUCUGAUACCUGGGUUACUGCAAUUCAAGUUUUUGAAUAUUAUAUUUCUCAUCAUCAAGCUAAAGCUUUCGAAUCAAUUUUUGGUGGGGUUACUUGUUUACCUGGGUGUUUUUCAAUGUAUCGUAUUAAAUCUCCUAAAGGUUCAAAUGGUUAUUGGGUUCCGAUUUUGGCUAAUCCAGAUAUUGUUGAAAGAUAUUCUGAUAAUGUUGUUGAAACUUUACAUCAAAAGAAUUUAUUAUUAUUAGGUGAAGAUCGUUAUUUAACUUCUUUAAUGUUGAAAACUUUCCCAAAAAGAAAACAAGUAUUUGUCCCCAAAGCUGCAUGUAAAACUAUUGUUCCUGAUAAAUUUAAAGUUUUAUUAUCACAACGUCGUCGUUGGAUUAAUUCAACUGUUCAUAAUUUAAUGGAAUUAGUUUUAGUUAAAGAUUUAUGUGGUACUUUCUGUUUUUCAAUGCAAUUCGUUAUUUUCAUUGAAUUGGUUGGUACAUUAGUUUUACCAGCAGCUAUUACUUUUACCAUUUAUGUUAUUGCUGUUUCAAUUUAUACUAAACCAACUCCAGUUAUGUCAUUAGUUCUUUUAGGUCUUAUUUUUGGUUUACCGGGGGCAAUUAUUGUGGUAACAGUUUCUUCGCUUAAAUAUAUUAUUUAUUUCUUUAUUUAUCUUCUUGCAUUACCAAUCUGGAAUUUUGUUCUUCCAAGUUAUGCAUUCUGGAAAUUUGAUGAUUUCAGUUGGGGUGAAACCAGAACAAUUGCUGGUGGUGAUAAAGGUGAUCAUAGUGCUUCAGAAGGGGUUUUCGAUUCUAGUGACAUUAUUAUGAAGCGUUGGAGAGAUUUUGAAAGAGAUCGUAGGAACAAUGAAGCAGGUUUAACUGUUCCAAGUGCUACCUGGGAUCCUUCCAAUGCUGAAAAAAAUCAUGAAAGUGAUUUUUCUGAAGAUUCAAAUACAUCUGCAUAAUUAAAAGCUAAAUAAGAAAAUAUUUAUCUUUUAUUCAUUUUCAUUUUAUUCUAUAUCGUUUCCUUUAUUUUUGUUUAUGUUUUCCAAUCUUGCUCCAUCAUAAAGCUGUCAAUUUCUUUUUAUCUGUUCAUAUGUUUGCGU